UCUUGGAAACUAACCGGUCCUUUGUACAAAGAUGACGAAAAUAUUCGAUGUUUCGAUGUUUAUAAAAAAAAAAAAAAAAAAAGAGAGAGAGAGAAGAAAAACUUUCCGCGAACAUUCCUACGAACAUAACUACAAUGCAUAAAAUGAAAUUUUUUGAAAUUACCGCGCUCUUGUACGUGUUGUUAAGAACGUUAAAAUUAGUUUAUUUCGUUCCUUCGACUUGUAGCGAUAGACUUUUCGUUAUGUAGAUUACGUUUGCUCUUUAUUCGAUUAAUUGAUGGUUUUCGGCGCAAAACUGCUAUCGCUCGAUAUAUUUUUGCGCGUAUAAAUAGGAUUCGAAAUAUGUCGCGUACAAACUUAUAUGGAGAUUAAAAUUAUCAAGUAGAGAAAUCUCGGACAUGCGUUGGUUAAAGUUUGAUGGAAAGGAAGGCAAAGAUAAAAAGGAUCGUUAGUCGAAUUAGCGUGGUCCGAUGGACGUUUGAACUCGGAUCGGGUUACACCGAACCGUUCACGGCUAGCCGAGUGUUGGAGCCGGACUGGACAACGCGAGUACGUUCAUGAUGUCGACGUUCCAGUAUGUUAACGCGAUAGUUACUCGCGUUACUCGUUUACUAGUCGUUACUAGUCGUUACUAUUGGCGCGGUGAUCUUUAGUCGAUCGGAAAGAUGAUAAACGGAUGGAUCGAUAAAGCAGAGAUCCAAGCGCUGCGAGUCACCUGGUAAAGAUCGUCGAACCCUGCAGAGGCGCCUCGACCUUCGUUGCGGGUCUGAAAGGAUUAAGAAUCCUCUUGUUCGCCGUAAACCUUGGCCGUAGGUUGCUGGUGGGGCGAGCCAGGCGCGGACAAGAGAGAGGAGACGAUCGUUCCCGGUACCCACCUGGCGUCUCACCCGAGGCUUCACGCCAAGUACUACGUCGCUGCUCGAACGAGCUGCCUCCUAUGGGAUAGCACGCGUCAGACAAAGUUGUGAAAACCGUCGACCACGAGGUUUUUUUCAUUAAGAAUCGGUGCAGCGCGCUGAACGCGAUCGAAAUCCGUCGAAACGAUCGAAUCGCGUGCAACGGUGAAGUCGAAAGGCGGCGGCGGCCAAGUUUGCCAGGUGAAGCAAAACAGGUGAACUAAACGUGGAAAACGCUGGUUAACUCGCCGUGGGAUCACGCGCACCCGUCAACGAAACGAUCGAUUUCUCGGAAAUCGAUCAUCGUGUUCGGUAGCUUGGUCUUCGAUCUUAAGGCGAUUCGUAUUGUAUUAACGCGGCGCGUACCUUGGAUAGGUUAAAUAAAAUUCGUCUUUGUGCGGAUAUUUCACGGGCGUGGAGAACGUGCGAUUUGAAAAGGUGCCUCAGAGUACACGCGCGUUCGUGUUCGGAUACGCAGAACAAGUGAAAGGUAACGUUCAGUCUACUAUGUACCUUUGAAAAGAGCAUCGGUUUUCUCUUUUUCUUCUAUCUUUUUCCUUCUUAUAUCCUUGCUGCACCGUACCGCUGAAUUUUCAGCAGUUUAACGACGUUCGAAACGUUUUUUAAGCGACGCGACGUUCAGCGAGGUACGGUUGCGAUUAAUAGCGUUCGAACAAAUUUCCAACGAAUUUUCCAACGAAUUUUCCAACGAAUUUUCCAACGUUGCAAUCGAAGGAUUUAUAAGAGUAGACACGUGCAAACGGAAACGAAUUGAUACGCGAAAGGUCAGAGGAGCUGUCAAUGGAAACAUCGUGCAGGAUGCUCAUGGCGAAAUAACUUAUUGGAAAUUUUAUUAGAGCAUUACCGACUAACUACAUAGAUAGCAAAUGCCGUCCGAUGUGGAAUAAGGAGGAACCGGAAACUAUAUCGAAUAAACCAUGAAUCUUUGGAUUAAAGAAACUCGCAUCGUCAAUGUGGAAUUACUAUUAAGCAAAAACGUAACUAGCAACGUUCGACGAAGCUGGACGUUGCAUCGAUUUCUAGUAAAGAAAAAGAAAGGAACGAGACGCUUGCGAAAUCCGAAUGAAAGAAGCGUCGUAUAGACGUAGAAAGAAAUUGGACUACGCGGGAAGGAGAAAGCGAGAUAAGCCGGCGAAAAGAAUAUCGUAAACGUUUGCGUGUGAAAGAUUGUAAAGAAGGUACCUACACACACGUUUACUUGGUUAGGACGAAACGCUGAAAUCGGAUGUAGAGAAGAUGGAAAGAAGCGCGUUCGCCCGGAAUGCGCGAACCUAAGUGGGGCGCGGAGGGUACCGUGUAAAUAAAACGUACAUUGUAUAUACUGGCGCUUGUUAGGGCGCUGAGACGCUGCGUGCGCGUGUUUCCAGUUUCAAGGGAAUUUUCCCCUUUGCAAUCUUGAUUUUUGCGUGUGAAGUGCGGCCACAGUGGCACCAGGAGGGGGACACGUGCUAGCUGCUUGAAAAUAUCUUCUGCUACGCGAUUGUUGCGCGACCAUCGUGGGAUACCUCUGAGAGCAUUUUCAGCGUUUCCAGCGAAACGAGAUACAACGAGCACACUUUCACUCGCGUGUUACGCGUGUUUCUCGAUUAAAACGCUACGAACGCAUCGUUCGACUUGGAAUUUGCCAGCUAGUGAUGACAGGUUGUUCCUUCGGUAUAGAAGGUAUUCGCGAGGUGUUCGUAAAAGGUGUAGGAGAGGCUCUUGGUGCAUUCGCGACAGCAUACCUCAGAAAUGGUCAGCCAACACGCGAUGGCCACUACGGUUCGCAGAGUUAAGCAGGAGAAUCGUCUGAGGCGACAAAACCAAAAUCAAGAUGAGGAGGGACUUUACAAGCCUGUACCACCACCGAAACCGGUGCCGAACAAUCAAAAGAAUCAGAAUGGGCAGGAGAGCAGCAGAGUGCAGACGGUAGUGGAGCAAUCGUCGCGGCCGAUUUCCGCUAUAGAAAGGAACGUCACGUUAGACGACAACCAGGUUCGAAGUUCCGGGCAGAAUCCUGCACCCGAAUACAGGAUGCCACCGCUCUACGGGGAGGAACAGAGCUCGAAUCAGACUCAACAGGCAGCUAACUUGCAGACUCACAGCAGCAAAUUUCCAAUCGAACGCGAGGUUGUUCUGUCGUCGGGAGACAAAAAUUCCAAGAUUCCCAUUCUACACGAGUACAAACAAAGAACUGCCGGUAGAGUGGCGAUUGCACCGGAUGCUCCGAUCAAACAACAGGCUUGGGUUCAAGAGGGCACUCAGAUGCAAGAAGUGAGACAGGAGGGUCAAGCCAGGAGUUAUCAGCCAGCGGAAUCUUACGCGUCGACGUCGGCUGCAUCGGCGCCAAGGACCACCAAAAUCGACGAAGACAAGAGCAAGUCCAUUUCGAGAACUUAUCACACGAUCAAGGACAUGAUAUCGAGCCGUUUCGGGCAGAGUCGCAAGGAUGCCGAGCCGGAACCGGAAGCGAGUUUGAACAAUGUCACGGAAGAACUGAGAAAGUCCAGCAGAAGCAUCGAUGAGGAGGAGGCGAAGAAGAAGGAAGGGAUUUAUGGGAAGCCACGGGCACAGGAACCUCCUGUUAAUAUGCAGCAAUAUCCAAAGAACGCAUGCGGUCAGUACGGGCACUCGUAUAGUUACCUGAGCAAUCAACAGAACGUACCGCUUCCUGGACAACUUCAACCUACGUCACAGAUUCAACCCAAUUUACCAGGCCAAAGUGCUCAGCUUCACGUGACGCAUCACGCUCCACCUGGAGGAGUUCAAACGGUCCAUCAAACUCAAGUUCCUGGUUUUGGCCAAUCAGCGACAGGUGGCCAGCAGGUGCAAAAUGUUGCGAGGGAAUACGUUGUUCAGGGACCAUCUGGAUUGCCGAGUCAGCAAUUGCAUCAAGGACUUCAUCAGAGCCCUCAGAACCAGGGCCAGAGCACGCAGAUGCAGAAACCUCAUGGUCUAGGCGUGCAGCCGCACCAGGUGGGGAACGCGGCGAUGCAACCGUCGAAUCAAAACUUCCAGAGUGCGCAACAAUUGUUGCAUCAGAAUCAGAGCCAUCAUCAGAGUCCGAGAUUCGCGCAGCAGCACGCACAGAACAUGCAUCAACGACAACUGAUCCAGCAGAUGCAUCAGCAGCAGCAGCAGCAGCAGCAGCAGCAGCAACUGGUCGGACAGCAAAAUAGCCAAACCAGCGGCGGCGGCAGCGGCGGCGGAGGCGGAGGCGGAGGCGGCGGCGCCGGCGUCAGGAACGUGCAGCAAAGCUAUUUCUCGAACAACGUGUCUUAUCAGCAAUACCAACAAGCUCGACAAACCAUGUCAAGAUCUCAGAUCGAUCUACCGAGCACUUCCAGACAAGCUCAAGAGCUGAGGCUGCCCGGACAGGAAGUGUAUUACCAUUAUGCUCAAGGUCGACCGAGGUACGGUGUACCGCAAGUCUAUAUGAAAGCCGAAAGUAACCAGGAAGCAGAGUUUCAGCGACGAAACUCGACGAAAGGUAUCGAGAAGGCGGCGUCCCAGCCGCAACUUUCGUACGAGGACGAAAGGUCUGGCUGCGUUAACGAACAAUCGAGAAAUCCGGUUGACGGGUUAAAAACUCUUACGGUGGAUCCGUUGGACAAAGAAAGAUACGAGAUUACGGUGGAAGAUCGUGGACAAGGGGAAUUCAGGAGAAGCGAUUCUCAAAGGAAAGACGAGUAUCGGCCGGAAACCAGCUUCGCUAUUCGCAGAGACGAUGCCGUUAGGUGUUCGAAGAGGGAACAGGAACAGCUAGGAGUGGCCGCCGGUCAGGAAAGUCAGGAGUCGGAAGGAACUUGCGUGCAAAAAAGAAUCGAAGAGUUGCAGAAACGAGCCGAGGAGAAUCAUUACAACGGAAAAAUGUCGAAGGAUAGUAUCGAAACGGACGUGGGUAGGAGUUCGUGCGGGUCGAAAAUUGGAAACGGCGAGCCUCUGAAGAGGAUGGAGAAUCAAUACGCAAAGGAUUGCAUAGCGAAAUCGGAGGCAAGGAAAGACGAGCUGGAACACGGUAUCAGCCGAUUGAAAAUCCAGAAUCAGGGAUCUGGAUCGGAUUACGAUAAAGCUGGACAGAGUUCCUCCAAUGUUGAUUCGGGAAGAGGAUCUGCUGUUUAUUCGAGCGGAAGACGGCCACCACCCGAAGACCAAACUCACCCCCCAGUACAGGAUUCCGAAUGGGUGGACAUAGUGGAGUCGGAACUGAGAAGCAUUUUAGAACCAAGAGACGUCCCCGCGAUGGCGCAUUCCACCCUGUCCGAAAGUGUAUCGUCGGUAACGCCACCUCUACCGCCGCUUUCACCCCAUGAAAGUCCCAGAACAUCGAGAAAUCGAUACUCGGCGAGCUUACCAUACGGAUCGAAACCCAAUUACAACGAUUACAGCAAGGCUAUAGAGAAAAGAAGCGGGUUCCCGGGUAGUUCGAAGCAUCGUGGUGCGUCUACUUCCAAAAAAGAUGCUGCGAAGAAAUUCUCUCAUCUUUUCGGUGUAGAAGCAGCUGACUUGACUUCGACCACCACUGGACUCGAUUUAGACUCGAUGCUGGAUAGAAGCGAUUCCGAUUUAAGUACAAACGACGCAAGAACGAUUAGAAAGCAGUUGGAAGGUCUGGAAAAUAUGUACAGCGAGGUACUGAAAUUGCUCGGCGGAAGUGUGAAAAAAAGACGGAAGGCCAGAGGUCUGGCCAGUUACGGUUCCGUCUCAUCGUUGCCGACGUCGUCCGUUUCAUCGAGACCUGUUACAAGGCACCAUGAUAAACGUAGAUCCCACGCGAUCGACGACAGAAUGAAGAAAGCCAAAGACAUAAAGAGCAUUAACAAACGGUUCCAACGACUAGAAUCUCACGUAGUGACGCUUGCCAGAUCGGUGGCACACUUGAGUUCGGAGAUGAGGACGCAACAUUUGAUGAUACAGGAAAUGGAGAACAUAAGGGGCGAGAUUGCUGCACUCAGGACUCAAACGAGCAUGGCAAUGGUGAGGUCGCAGUCUCAACCGCUGAUCAAGGAUUCCGAGCUGCCGGCUCUUUCAAAUCCUUCGAGGGUGAAAAAGCUCACCAAGUUCUUCGGCACAGAACCACCGCUCAUCAGACUAUUCCUCAGGGAACUUGGGUAUGAGAAAUAUGCAAAUGCGUUUGAGAAAGAAAAAGUCGGUAUGGUAGAGCUUCCCUACCUAAGCGAAGAGAGGUUGCAAAAAAUGGGUGUUCCCUUGGGACCAAGGCUGAGGAUUCUGCAAGAAGCGAGGAUAUCGGUGUGUAAGGAUCCAAUUUACGUUGUGUGAGUGCCACGGAACGCGUUGUUCUCUGCAAGCCAACGCAGCCAACUCCGAGCAGGUACAUCCGGAAGCCGCCGAAGGAGAAUCUUUAUCCUUUCGUUUUUUAAUACGAUCGUGUUUCUUCGAGUUUUCAGGUUUCAUCGUUAUCCGUUCGAACGCUUUCAACGAUCGGUUUUGAAUAGCGAAGCGCGACGUUUCCGAUUUCACUCGAAAGACGAGCCGAUUUCCCUGAUGGAACGAUGAAACGAUGAAACAAUGAAACGUUAAAGCGGACGACUAUUCGCUCGAAAAGUAAAUUAACGUUUGAAAAACAUGCAAGUCUAACGACGAAAUAAAUUAAAUGUUCAUUGCGAGUUCAUUGUAUUAAUUACGAGUCGUACAGGCGUAUAGUACUAAACGUAUGCGAACUUCGAUUAUCGUAUCGUAUAUUACAGAUAACGCGUAUUGUUCUCGACUGUAGUAUUAAUACGUAAUAAGUAUAAUCUGCAAUGUAUCGCGUUUAAUACGUGCUGGAUAGAACGCGCGUCAGAAACGUAUCGACCAUUUAAGUUUUCCAGUUAAGAUUCCGUUAUUCGUCAACUUGCUUUGCUUCUAAUUUUGCUUCCGUAAUUUAUUAUAAAUUAUUAGUAAAGCGAGCACAUCGAUACGCGUAUAAUACUUAUGUAUUGUCAUGUAUAAUUGGCUGAAUCGUUGUCGGAUAUCUCACGUAUCCGUGAUAUACGCGACAAAUACAUAAAAGAGCAGUUACAAAUACGAAGAAGCGUUGUAGGAAAAGCAUCGUCUAUCUCUAUACAGAAAAGAGGUAAUCGUUUAAUUAACGGUAAAAACAAUUUUUUACCGUUGACAGUCGAUUAAACGAACGUUCAAUUGUAAUAACAUUAGCGUAACUUUUUAUUUUGUACACUGCACCGUACAAUUACGGUUAAUCGAUCACCUAGGAUGGUACGGAUAAAACAUGUUUUCUUAGGCGGACCGUGCGUGCGCUGGAUUUGUUUUCUUGCUGCGAUCGAUCGGUCCGGGUCGGUGGAACGGUUCGACUCGAUCCUCCCGAUUGAGAACAAGCUCGAGCAGUUAACGUGAACACGCAUUGAGAACGAGAAGCAAAAAUAGAUUUGCCAAAGAGACGGGAGAACGUCGCCGAUGAAGUGGUGUGUGGUGUGUUGGUGGAGAUUGUCGUUCGAGGAAGCGAGUGAAAUUUUCUUCCCAAGUGUGAUGAUGUUUUGACUCGUAACCAUUCGACAACUAUUAUUUCAGCUUUCCAGCUAAAUAUCUCGGUUUUUUAAAACUCCAACGUUGCAUCCAACGUUUUCGAUCGCAUGGUCGUAAAUGAUUUCAGUUUUUCUAUGUGUUGCGUCUCUAAGAGAUUCUUGCGAUCGAUGUAAUUUGUCAAAUUUUUCUACGUUUCUGCGUUUCUACGCGACAUCGUUGCGUCUACGCGAUGAAUUUCUAGUUGCGAUCUCUUCGGCUAUUUAUUUGCGAUUUCCUAUUUGCUUUCAACGAUCGAACCACGGGUUUUCCUACCCGUUUCUCGGUAAAGUUUUAAACGAUGAAAUAAUCGGACAGUGAUUUGCAACUGGAAGUAAAUAAAAUAAAAUCGCGUUGAAAAGCAUCGGCGGUUUCGAUAAAAGUUUGCUUCUCGAGAGAAUCGAUCGUUCGAAUAAAUGAAUUUGUCGUCGUGUGAAAAAGCUGGAAAAACAAGCAGUUUCGAUUACGGUCAAACGACCACGCACACACACAGGAGCGCACGCGCGCGCGCAUUACGGUGAUACCAAAGAAUCGAUACCUGCUCCUCUGUAAUGACGAUUGCUCCAACAAGAAGGACAAUCUCACUGCGAAUGACGCGGAUUAUGUAAAAAGACGACACGCCGCUUCGGUUCUCGAUCGAUAUCAACAAUCGAUAUCGAAUUCACGUGACAUGUGACUUACAAUUAGCGUUAACAGUAAAUUUCACAUUGAUUUCAUUAAUCGAUUAAUAUUCAUAGGUUCGAUAAGUAUUUGUUACUAAGCAUCGUUACAUGUUGCACCUUUCUAACAUUUAUUUCUACGUCUAGUAAUAUAUCUUUAUGUCAUUGAAUUGAUUUUCUAGUUGGUGCUAUUCGACACUGCCCGACGAAACUUUUACAGUUUCUGACGAACGUCGACGCGUUUACGCCGAAUUCUGUACAGUUAAUCGUUUGUGAGAACGUUUCGUUAACGACACGAUUAAUAUUUGUAUUAUUAUAAGUUUAUUAUUAUUUUGUUAAAUCUUGUAUGUAAUAAACAAGUGAAGAGAGCCAUACGAUGGUUCAAUAAAUCGUUUAUUUAAUAAAUUAUUUACACACGCUA